AUGGACACAGUCCAAGAAACCAAGUCAUCAGCAUCCAAAGCCGACUAUGGAGCAACAUCCAUUCCAGAUGUUGAAUUGGUGAAGGGCGAGGUGGGUAUAGCAGACCAGCUGGAGAUGCCCAUGAAGCGCAAGUUCAACAUCCUGAGCAUCAUCGCCGUGGGUUACAACAUCUCGAACAGCUGGGUUGCUAUUGCUGCUAGUUUUGCCAUCGCUAUCCAGUCAGGCGGUGCCUUGUCUUUGCUUUAUGGCAUCAUCGUCGUCACCUUUGCCAUGCUCUGCACGGGCGUGACGCUCGCUGAACUUGCCAGCGUCUAUCCUACCGCUGGUGGGCAAUACCACUUCACAUCCAUCUUGGCCUCUCGCCGAUGGAGUCGAGGACUGUCGUACUUCAGCGGCCUUGCGGCCAUAUUCUCUUGGAUAUGCCUGGGUGCGUCCAUUGGACUGUCAGGGACGAACGCUCUGAUGGCGAUCAUUAUUCGCUGGCAGCCCGCAUAUCAGCCCGCGUCGUGGCAUUACUUUCUUGUCUAUCAGCUAUUCAAUAUACUCGUCGUAGUAUACAAUAUGUACCUAGCCAACAAGACGCUCUGGAUAUACAAUAUUGGAUUUGUCCUUUCCAUUUCCACGUUUAUUGUCAUUACUGUUGCUUGUCCAGCUCGCUCGGAAGUCCACGUUGACUCGAAGGAAAUAUGGGCGAUAAUGACGAAUGGAUCCGGUUGGUCAGACGGCAUAUCCUUCUUAACCGGCUUGUCAACGCCCCAGUUCAUGCUGUCCGGCAUUGAUGCCACGCUCCAUCUUGCAGAGGAGUGUCUUGACCCCGAACGCGUCGUACCAAAGGCGGUGCUGGCCACCGUCAUUGUAGGGUUUCUGACUGCUUUCCCCUUUGCUAUCGCGAUCAGCUAUAGCUACCGCGACGUUGCAGAGUCGUUGUCCACCAACACUGGGUUCCCUAUCUUCUUCAUCUGGGAAAAGGCCACUCAUUCCCCAGCCGCCGCAACUGUGUUCAUGGCUUGCCUAUUUGUCAUCUCAUGUGUUGCAUUUAACGCUGUGCACCAGACAGCUUCGAGACUUACCUGGUCCUUUGCUCGUGAUGACGCCCUCUUCUUCUCAAAGAAACUCUCACCCGUCCACCAUUCCCUCGGUGUGCCCGUUAAUGCGCUUGUGCUCGAUGGAAUACUUGUCUUCCUCGUCGGGAUUGUCUACAUAUGCUCCUCAACAGCCUUCAAUUCCUUCAUCAGCACUACCGUGAUUGUCGCGCAAGUCUCCUUUGCCAUCCCCGCCCUUCUCGUGAUCCUUCGCCGCCGGUCAAGUCACUUCCUCCCUGAAAGUCGACCAUUCAGGGUCCCAAAUGUGGUGGGAUAUAUCUGCAACGUGGUUUGCAUUAUCUGGGCAGUCAUAUUGACUGUGUUCUUCUGCUUUCCCGCAGCCCUUCCGGUCACGGGAGGAAAUAUGAAUUAUGCGUCGGUUGUGUUGGUCGUGAUGCUUAUUAUAGGAGUGGCGAAUUGGUUCGCUUACGCGAGAGGCCAUUAUCGCGGGCCAAGGCUGGAGAUGUAG